UGACACACUAGGAAAUCAUUUGAGAAGAAUUUAUAAGAAAAGAAUUACACUCAAGACCAGUAAGCGUACAUAAAGGGAAUUGUUCUACUAAUAGUUGCUCGCUUCAUUCUUGCUGUCUCGCAAAGCAGGGUUUUCACAUCCGCUUGACGGAAGUAUAAUAUUUUCUUUAUUUAUUUUUCUUGCCUCGAUUGCUUGUCAACAUGGGAAAAUCAGAAAAGAAAAGAAAGGAAGAGAAAGAUCAAACUGUAAACAUUGCGGCUUCAGAGGAAGUGACCAAGAGCAAAAAAAGCAAAAAGUCAAAGAAGGACAAGCAUAAUAGUGAAGGUCAUGACAGUGAAUCUGACCGUGACGAUGGAUUUGUAGAAAAGAAGCGCAAACGUGAAGAUUCCUCUGAUCCUGAGAGCAAGAAAAAGUCAAAGUCGGAUAGCGACGAGAGCGUAAAGAAGGAUAAGAAAAAGAAGAACAAAAAGAAAGAAAAGAGGCAGGAAGAAAAGAAUGAUGAGCCAAAAGCCAAGAAGCAACGAAAACACGCGUGUGAGGAGCCAGCUGCGCCCACUACCGGUACGCCAGUAAUUGAAAAGAAACAGGAAAAGGUCGUGCCUGCUAAAAACGAACAGCCAUCAUCGACUACGACAACAGGUGGUUGGAACAAUUGGGAUAAGGCUACGUUCGACGGAGACGGAGCACAGAAAGACAAGUUCAUGCGCCUCUUGGGUGCUAAAAAGGCUAAUAACCAGCAGCCAGCUCCCAAAAAAUCAGGUGGAGGAGGCCUAUAUGGUUCGCUGAAAAGUGCCAUUGACGAAGAUGAGAAGACGCGUAUAUCCAACGAUUUGCAAAGACAAUUUAACGACGGACUAAAGUUUAGAAAACAACAGCAGAUGGGUCGUCGUGGUGGUUUGGGUAGUUAAAGAAGGAGCAAGGAAAAUUCACAUAGCAUCAUUACUCUCUGUAUCCAUCAUUCUUCUGUAACG